UCCCGUCCCAAACAAACAUCCAAGAUGGCGGAAAGGAGAUCAAGUUUUGGUAGCAGUGUUGACUAAACCGUUGACAAUGUCAGAGUUAAGGGGGGAAAUGGCUUAGUUGAGGGAGAAGUGGAUCAAGCCUGCCCCGGGGAGCCUUUGUUCAUUACUGGUGAAGAUCUGCAGCUAGCAGACACCAAUCCCCUGGGAACUGGUGUUUUAGAGGGUGACGUCAAAGCACACAGCAUCGACCAUGGACCUGAGCAGGUUCCGCACCCCCGGGCAGGCCGCGGCGACCAAGUCUGACGGGAAGAAAGAUGUGCUCGCCGCACCUACGCAGGAGGAGAUAGAUGAUGUGCUGAAGGAGAUAUGCAUCUCCAACGGGCUGAAUUUCCAGAAGCUGGACAACCAGGUCACCAGUACCACCCAGCUGGAGAUGUUCUUCUCAGGCAUGCCUCGCAUGUUGGGGCUGGACAAAUUUGUCAAUCUGACCUGCCUGAGAAUCAAUGGGCAAAACAUCAGGAAAAUUGAGGGGCUACAGCAUCUGGCACAGCUGAAGGAACUGUGGGUGUCAGAGUGUAAACUUAAGGAAACCAGUGGUAUGGAGGCCAACCCCAGUCUGCAGAAGUUGUUUCUGUACUCCAAUGAGAUCACCAAGAUAGAAAACCUGGGGAAUCUCAAGAGGCUGGAAGUUCUGUGGCUCUCUGAUAACAAGAUACCAAUGAUAGAGGGACUGCAGGGACUGAGCAGGUUGAGAGAGCUCAAUCUGGCUAACAAUCUCAUUGAAAAGAUUGGUCACUCCUUGGAUUGUGCUGUAAAUUUGGAGUCUCUGAACCUCUCUGGCAAUAGGAUUGCUUCCUUCAAGGACCUGACCAACCUGAUCCGUCUCCAGUUCCUCCAAUCCCUGGGUCUGAAGGACCCUCAGUACCUCCCCAACCCUGUGUGCUUACUGUGUAACUACUCCACACACAUCCUGUACCAUCUACCCAACAUCACCAGGCUGGACGCUUUCGAUGUCUCCAGCAAGGCUCUCAAGGAUUUAGCAGAGACUACAGUUGUGAAGAAGAAGAUGUAUUACAACAUGCGUGUCAAGACCAUCCAGCGCAACAUGAUGGACAUGCUCAACAGGCUUCAGCAGCAGAAACACAGCCUCCUACAGUUCCCACAUGAAAGGAUGAGGGCGCUUCAGUUCUGCAUCAAAUCUGUGGAAAGAGAUUUGGAGGAGAUAGCCCUGGGUGCUCCAUCCCCGAAGGAGGAGGUUGAGAAGGAAAAAGUGAAAGACGAGGGAGAGGAUGGACAGGAGAGUGGUACAGAGAGUGACCAGGAGGGGGAGAAGGAGAAGAGGGUGGACAUGUUGAAGGCCAAGAUGGGGGCUGUCAGACAGCGGCUCCUGACCUGGGAGAAGAGACUGAAGGAAGUUGAGGAGUACUAUGAAGACAGUUGCAGUAGGAUCAAGUCAGUGUCCGAGCAGACCGUUCGCAGACUGGUGACUGAGCUGGAGACGGGAGGAAACGUGAGAUUUGAAGACGGCAGGUCCACGGAUGUGUGGUUCAACUCUUGCCAUGACCUAAUCCUGUCCAGGUUCUGUGCAGGGGACUACAAGGGGCAGGGCAUUCUGGGUAUAAAGAUCCACCGGAUCACCAGAGUGCACAACCGCAUCCUCAGGACCAGGUUUGAGGAGAAACUCACUGCAGCCAUCUCCGACAAAUCAGACAACGCUUCUUAUACCAACAAGACGAAUGCCUUUAAGAAGUACCUGGAGUACCUGUUCUACGUGUGGGACCCUGAGCUGCCAGGAGCUGGUACGGAUCCACACAGGGUCUUAGAGGAAGGAUUUAUGGAUGCACACACCUAUCAGCAACUCGGUCGAGAUGGUGCCAUUCCCCUGUCCAACAGCUUGAGUCUGGCUGAGCAGCACAGGAUAGACUUCCACCAGAAGGUGGCCAAGGGCAGAGCUGCUGCUGACUCCUGUCCUUUCAGACAUGGACAAUUGAUUGUCUGCAAGGUGUACAUGGGGAAAAGUUCUCCUGCCAAGGACAGCAAGUCCAUAUGCAAAGAGAACUACCCAGAAGCAGACUCAGUAUUCAGACCCAGAAAGCUGGAAGACCCACAAAGUCCAAAGAAAGAUGUAGUGAGCAGUAUCCUGAACUCAGGAGGCCCCCAUACGGAGUGUGACUGCAGCGGUCGGCAGUGUGAGUGGUUCGUGUUUGACCACGAGCUGGUCAUGCCGGAGUACGUCAUCGACUUUGAGUACAUCACAAGGCAAAAGCCGAGAUCGCCGUUCUCGGUGAGCAGUGAAGGGACUGUGAGCAGCAGUAGUACAGAGAACAAAGCCCAGUCUCAGCCCCAGCAGCCGUUCUUCCCUCAGGACCCGCAGGUGGACGAUGAUGUACUCCAGAUGAAGCCAGAGAUCACUCCAAGGCCAAGAUUGCUGGAGUUGACAGAGGACCUUAUCCUGAAGAUGACUAAAGCUUCAUCCUUGCCUGCUGUGACGAUGCUGAACCUUCAUGCCAAGGGUCUACGUCGGCUCAAGAACUUGUCCUCUAUGCCGUCCCUCAAGAGGCUUGUGGUGAGCUUCAACGAACUCAACAAACUUGAGGAUGUCGCACACUUGACCAACUUGGAAUAUCUGGAUGCCAGCUUCAACAAGCUGACUUCACUGGAGGGUGUAAAGGGCCUGUCUCGCCUGAAGACUUUGGACAUCAGCUGGAAUGAGCUGAGUAACACCAAAGAUGACUUGUCCAUCCUACGGAAACACACCCCUAACCUAACCUCACUGGACCUCAGGCAGAAUCCAUGGCAGAAGCCCGAUGACCUCAGAUUAAGGACCAUCGGCAGACUGAAAUCCCUGACCAAGCUAAACGGUGUCACUGUGACAGAGGCAGAGGCAACAGCUGCACUAAGGCUGGCAGCAGGCUCCAGAAUAUCACAGGUGUCGUUACUAGCCCACUCCAGGACAGACCAGUUACGGCCACGCAGCUUGAGUCUGGCUCCGUAUGCACAGAUCCUGACCCAGGUCAGCAGGAACAAGCCUGACCGCGCUGGGGAACAGGACAGCUUCUGGUACAAUAAGGUGACCACCUUGAACUUGGACGGGCAGCACAUCAGCAAGUUGUCCAACCUGGAGAAGCUGGAGAACCUGAGAUGGGCGUCCUUCAACGACAACGACAUCACACGCAUCGAGGGGCUGGACAGCUGUCAGCAGCUGGAGGAGCUCAGUCUGGAGGGCAACUGCCUCACUAGGUUGGAAGGUCUUUCCAAGCUUGUGAGGUUGAGAAGGCUGUCCCUGGGCAGUAACAGAAUAGUGUCCCUGGACGGGGCAGGGCUGGACAAGUUAACCCAGCUCCACUACCUGUCUGUGGAGAACAACAGAGUCAACUCCCUCCACGGCCUGCAGAAGGCCACAGCCCUGAUUGAGCUGUAUGUGGGCAACAACAACAUCUGUAACAUCAGGGAGAUCUUCCAUCUCAAGGCCCUUCCCAACUUUGUUAUCCUUGACCUGUUUGGCAACCCUGUAGCACAGCAGGCAGAGAACUACCGACUCUUCAUUGUGUAUCAUCUCAAGUCACUCAAGGCCCUGGAUGGGGUGGCCAUUGAGUCUUCCGAAGGGGGCAUAGCCAAGGACACAUUUGGUGGCAGACUGACACAGGACUUUGUGGCAGAGCACACUGGCCAUGCCAACUUCCACGAGCUGCGUGAGCUGGACCUGCCUCACCAGGCCAUCAGACAUGUCGACAUGGGCAAGGUGGACGUCUUCCAGAACCUCAGAAGCGUGAACCUGGAGCACAAUAACCUGACUUCCUUCAGUGGACUCAUCUACCUGACCAAUCUCAGGGUGCUGUGUUUAAAUCACAACCACAUAGAGUCGGUGGUGGCCCGUCCGAAGGGCUCCCAGCACAUGAAGCCCACACGUGUGACGGUGACAGCAGCUGGCAUCAGCGGCAUCCCCCGCCCGGGAGUGGAGCAGUACGCUCCGGAGAACUUCACUCCACUCAUGGAGAACCUGGAGGUCCUACACCUGGGGUACAAUAACAUCUCCAACAUGGCAGCACUACAACUCAGCAGACUGACCGGUCUCAAGGCUCUCUUCCUUCAAGGUAAUGAGAUCACCAAGGUGGAGGGUCUGGAGGGGUUGCAGGACCUGCGUGAGUUGGUGCUGGACAGGAACAAGAUCAAGGCUCUGGCGGAGGGCUCCUUCAUCAACCAGUGGAACCUGCAGGAACUGCACAUGGAGGAGAACCGCCUCAGGGACCUGUCUCACCUGUCCUACCUGGAGAACUUACAGAGACUUUACCUGGGCAUGAACAGAAUACAGGAAAUCCCAGAGCUGGAGAAGCUGGAGGGUCUACCCAACCUGAUUGAGCUGUCAGUGGUCAGCAACCCCGUGUCUCGGCGGCUGAUGCACCGCCCCAUGUUGGUAUACCGCAUGCCCCACCUCACCAUCAUUGAUGGGAUCCCUGUCAGUCCUGAGGAGAGGACCAAGGCAGAGAUCUACUUUAUGGAGCAGCAGCCAGCGAUGGUGAGCACGGGGGAAGGGAGCCUUCCAGGGAUCAGUCCGUACCGGGGGCAGGUGCAGACGGGCCAUGGGAUGAUCAGGGUGACCAACGUGCAGCUGAACUCUGCACCAGACCGACACUGGAGCACCACCAUUAGCUAUGGUACAGGCGGGCAGGCCGAUCAUGAUGUACAGGAUAGCCUGAGAGGCCCGCCCCAGAGACGUAACUCUGACCGUGGCAGCGGUGGUGGCAGCCGUGUGGAUGGUCACCAGGGUUCCUACCAGAAUGCCCACCUGCCUGGAUCCCGCUCCCAGUACCCCUCUCACCAGGUCCCUUACAUCCCACAUAACCCCAGGAAGUAGACUGACAAAUAUACACAUUGUGUUUCAUCACUUAUUAUAUACAAGCCCUUACACAUUGCCUUUGGAAGGAUAACUGGCUGGACCUUCACAUUCUUGGCCACAUAGCCUGCCACCUCCAUCAGAUAGAGCUACAUUGUAUAUGAGGCAACAUAGCAUACAGGGUAGAAAAUAUAAGAUGUAACAGACUAUGAAGACUACCUUAUGUAGAAACUUGAUAUUUAAAGAAAAGUAGUUAGUGCACUGUUUAAAAUGCUGUGUGAAAUUCUAUGUGCCCCGUUUAGCUGCUGCUGCUGCUUUGCUUCUCCUGUUCCAGCAUUAAGUGACUGUGUGCCUUAUUGCAAUAAUUUUUAUACACUGCCAGUUGCCUCUUGUGCAGGAUAAUGUCCAUACUCUUUAGAUGUGUGCACUUAGGUUUGUUUUGCUGCAGAAGAGCUUCUGGUGCUUUAUAGUAAGCUGUAUAUACAAAAUGUACAUGUACUAUAAACUUCAGAUUCCCAUAAACGGCCUUAAGAAGCAGGAAAUGUUUCAAUUUUGCUUUCAACAUCUGCUUGGAGAUUCAACAUUUGCUUGAAGUAAUAGUUCCUAGCACAGCGCUGCACUUCCAAGAUGAAUAUAGUGAAAUAUUCUUUAUCCAAGUAUGCACAAUGCAAUACCACACGGCAGCUAUCAAUGGAUAAUGUCUGUUCAGGGAGUCACAAGAAGGUGCAGCGGGGAGAACAAAAUUUCUCUUCUGUUUUAUAUAUAGUUUUGCCGGUGUAUUUUCUUGUGAAAUGCUCAGGAUGAGGGCAGAUGUAAAUCGUUGGAUAUUUGAGUCUGAGGAGCCAUGGAUGUGGUGUUUUGUGAAGAAUGUCCUUACUUUUUGUAGAUGUAUCAUGGACAUCAGUUGCAGGAGCUCAAGCAAAUCUGACCAUUACAACUUAUCGAAAUUGUAUCAUAUGUUCAUAGCAUUUCCAAUUGACAUAGCAGUACCUAUUUGUGAUUAAAUAGGGCCCAUAAUGGCCCUCCCACUGAUUGGAUUCCUCAGGGAGGGGCCUUAUCAAGCCCCAGAUACUGGGAGUUUCUUACACAGGGUAGUAAUAGUACAUCAAUGGCAAUGGUGAAGUCAUGACACUAUUUUUCUCAAAGGUUUGCUAAAAGUAGUUAUUAUUUUUAUUUGUUGCUCUUUUCAUCCAAACUGUUCUUGUGACUGUUAGUCCUCUGAGAUUGAAUGACUUACAUGUGUAAACCUGGGAAUGCCUGAAGAAAUGUAGUAAGAAGGAAAUCUGGGGUUGCACAAGUUUGAGGACGAUAUGAUCAGUUUGACACUCUUAAGCCGAUUUUGUUUCCGACAUGACAGUGAAAAAUGGAGUAACAUUAUGGAACGAAACAGAACCCAACCAAAACACAAAUAUUGUUAAUAAUAUAUAACCAGUAUGAACUCAAAUGUAUCCAGCUUCCACGCUUGAUUUGCAUAUUUUGUACCAUACAUUGUCCUACAACUUACAAGGCUCAUGUUUUAUCUAUCUACUGUAGGUUGUUUUUGCUUAUGUUGAUAAGACUGUACAUAAUUGUAAGGUUCCCUACGGGACUUGGAAAGCUGUUCGGUGGAAAUGAAGCUAUGAUCUGUUACAUAUGAUCAUUUGAUAUGCUGCACGAACACGUCUGGCAAAUUUACUAAUAUUUUCCAUGUUGUAGGCACUAAACUUCUUAAAUUUCUGUUCAGAGAAGCCUGUAUCGUCUGUCUGAUGGCAUCUGAUGUUACAAGUCUCCAUCCUACUGGUAGGGAUGUACAUGUACAUUCAAUGAAACAAAAGACCACACCAUGGUAACAAUUCAAUGCCAUGCAAAAUAUUUAAUGUCUUCCAUAGUAUUGAAGUGAAGGCAUUUGAAGCAUGAGAAGUUGGAAAACUGAUGUACAAAUUGUAACCUCUUGGUAAAGAUGGAAAUGGCUAUAGGAAGUACAGUAUGGAUGGAAAUUCUGUAGAGGUGCCUCUG